CUGUUAGUUCUGCUAUCUAAAAGAUUGAAUAGUCAAUGGUUUCGAUAUUUCGGUUGUAUGGUUACUUUAAUUUAUUGACAAAAAUGUAACACUUCUAUUUUAAAUUGACUAUGUUUUUACAACCGGAAUGAUAUCUGUUUUAUCCAUAUUAAGUUAUUUGUGUAAAUAUUGAAGGUGUUUUUAUUCAAGUAGGAACUCAAGUUGACAUAAUAAGUGAAAAUGUCUUCGAAGAGAUCCUAUGGAUCAGUUUACAAAGCACUACAUAAAGAAAGUGGACAGGUACUUGCUAUUAAACAAGUGCCUGUUGAUACAGAUUUACAAGAAAUUAUAAAAGAAAUUUCUAUCAUGCAGCAGUGUGAUUCUCCGUAUGUUGUUAAAUAUUAUGGAAGUUACUUUAAAAACACAGAUUUAUGGAUUGUAAUGGAAUAUUGUGGAGCUGGAUCUGUUAGUGAUAUCAUGAGGUUAAGAAAGAAAACCCUUCAAGAAGAUGAAAUAGCAACGAUUCUCAGUGAUACCUUAAAAGGUUUAGAAUACCUUCAUUUAAGAAGGAAAAUACAUAGAGACAUUAAAGCAGGAAAUAUUUUACUCAAUAAUGAAGGACAUGCAAAAUUAGCUGAUUUUGGAGUAGCAGGACAAUUAACUGAUACAAUGGCAAAACGUAAUACAGUUAUAGGAACUCCAUUUUGGAUGGCUCCAGAAGUUAUACAAGAAAUUGGAUAUGACUGCGUCGCAGACAUAUGGUCUCUUGGUAUAACUGCUUUAGAAAUGGCAGAGGGCAAACCACCAUAUGGUGACAUACAUCCAAUGAGAGCAAUAUUUAUGAUUCCAACUAAACCACCACCUAGCUUUAGAGAACCUGAUCAGUGGAGUCCUGAAUUUAUAGAUUUUGUCAGUGGGUGCCUUGUUAAAAAUCCAGAAGAAAGAGCUACAGCAACUGAGUUGCUAAAUCACGAAUUUAUAGGUAAUGCAAAGCAACCAAGUAUUCUAAGUCAAAUGAUUGCGGAGGCUCAUGAAAUACGGGAAAAACAAAGCGUACAUCGUGCUCAUGUUAUAAAUAAUGUGGCAAUUAAAAAUCAAAAUCAAACAGAAGAUUCGGACGAAGAAGACUGUAGUGGAACAAUGAAACCUCUGCCAGAAGACACGGGAACUUUAGUACCGAGUCAUGAUCUUCCAGAUACAGGUACACUUGUUUCAGCAAUGUUAGACUUGGGAACAAUGGUUAUUAAUAGUGACACUGAUACCGAAGCUACUAUGAAACGGAAAUGGACAAAUUCUUGGAGUACACAAUCAAGAUAAUGAAAAUAAAUUAGAAUUACGAAGCCCUACAGAAUCUCAGAGGUUUCAAAGUCAUCUACAAUUACAACUCAACCAGAUUUCUCAUCCUGUACAAGAACAACCUCAUAAUAACAUAUCCAAGUUUCAAAAUGUUUUCACAGAACGUGAUUUCGAUUUCGUAAGUAAUAAUGCACUUACAAAUUCUUACAGGAGAUUAAAAUUUCUCUCGUACGAGGAACUACAGCAACGAAUGGCUAAUCUGGAUGCAGAAAUGGAAAGAGAAAUUGAUGAGUUGAGAAGAAGGUACCAAACGAAGAGACAACCGAUUCUUGACGCCAUGGAUACGAAGCGAAAACGUCAGCAGAACUUCUAA